AUGCCUCUUCGACGAAAGAGAGCGAGUUUUCAGCAACUUACGGACUUUGAACGGGGGAGAACCAUCGGCCUUCGGGAAGCUGGAUUAUCUUAUGGUGCAGAUGCCGCUCGUGUGCAGCGUAACAGCAGCACAGUGGUGUGUGUUUGGAAGCAGUGGACGAACGAGUGUCAGACAACUUGGAAAUCCGGGAGUGGACCCCGAAAUGUCACGUCAGCUCGAGACUAUAGACACCUGGUCCGAAUGGCGCUGACUGACAGUACGGUCCCCACUAGACAACUGGCAGCACAGUGGUCAAUAGCGACAGGUGUUUCAUUGUGUGCUUCAUCAAUUCAUAGACGUCUGCUGCAGCAUGGACUGCGCUCAAGGGACUCCUUUAUACAGGAUCCCCCUCACGCUAAACCAUCGCCGCCUGCGGCUGCAAUGGGUCAACCAGCAUAG